AUGGCACCCCCCCGCCGGCCGCGCAUCACCGUCCUCGGCUCCCUCAACAUCGACCUCGUCAGCUACGUGCCUCACCACCCGCUGCCCGGCGAGACGCUGACGGCGACGCACUUCGCCACCUCGCCCGGCGGCAAGGGCGCCAACCAGGCCGUGGCGUGCGCCAAGCUCUCCCGCGCGAGCGACCUGUCCGCGGCCUCGGCCUCGGCGGACGUGGCCAUGGUGGGCGCCGUCGGCGCCGACGAGCACGGCACCACGCUCCGCGACAGCCUCGCCUCGUACGGCGUCGACGCCUCGGCCGUGGCGGUCCGGCGCGGCGGCAGGACGGGCGUCGCCGUCGUCGUCGUCGACGAGGCCUCGGGCCAGAACCGCAUCAUCCUGUCGCCCGAGUCCAACCACAGCCUCGCGCCGCGCGACUUUGAGCGCCUGCCCGCCCCGAGGCCCGACCUGCUCGUCGUGCAGCUCGAGGUGCCGCUCGACACGGUCGUCCAGGCUAUGCGCGCGGCCGCGGCCGACGGCGUCCCCGUCCUGCUGAACCCUGCGCCGGCGCAGCCGCUCCCCGCCAGCGCCUACCGCGGCCUGGCGCACCUGGUUGUCAACGAGACGGAGGCUUCGAUCCUCUCCGGCCGGCCCGAGUCCGAGCUCGCCCAUGCGUCUGGCCUGGACGCCGUGGGCGGCAUCUUCCUCGACCGGGGCGUGUCCAAUGUCGUCAUUACCCUCGGCGGCCGCGGCGUCUACUAUGCUGACCGGGGUGGCAACAAGGGGCUGGUGCCUGCGCUCAAGGCGAAUGUCGUUGAUACCACUGCUGCUGGCGAUACGUUCGUUGGGUCGUAUGCGCUGUCCGUCGUGAACGCGGGCGACGGCCAGUUCGACAUUGACGCUGCCGUCAAGGCGGCGAACAGAGCAUCGGCCAUCACGGUGUCUAGGAAAGGUGCUCAAACAUCUAUUCCCUGGAAGGACGAGCUGCAAUAG